ACCUCGAAUCUUAAUACACGAGAAGGCUUUAGUGUUCAGAAACGUGGAAUCAGGAAACGAUUUUUGUCCCUAAUUUUUUUUGUUAUAGUUGCGGCGUCCGGUGGCUUUUUCUCAAGUAUUUUUUCCAGUCUCUUUGGAACCAGGGAAAUGAGGAUCUUAAUUUUGGGAUUAGAUGGUGCUGGGAAAACAACAAUUUUGUACAGAUUACAGGUUGGAGAGGUUGUUACUACUAUUCCCACUAUUGGAUUUAAUGUAGAGACCGUGACAUACAAAAACCUUAAAUUCCAAGUUUGGGACUUGGGAGGACAGACAAGUAUCAGGCCAUACUGGAGAUGUUACUAUUCAAACACAGACGCAGUCAUCUAUGUAGUUGACAGUUGUGACCGAGACCGAAUUGGCAUUUCCAAGUCAGAGUUAGUUGCAAUGUUGGAGGAAGAAGAGCUGAGAAAGGCCAUUUUAGUGGUGUUUGCAAAUAAGCAGGACAUGGAGCAGGCCAUGACACCCUCAGAAAUGGCAAAUGCACUUGGGUUACCUGCCCUGAAGGACCAAAAGUGGCAAAUAUUUAAAACAUCAGCAACCAAAGGCACUGGUCUUGAUGAAGCCAUGGAAUGGUUAGUUGAAACGCUGAAAAGCAGACAGUAAGCCCAUUCACAUCAGGUCCUGUGAAGCAAAUGCUACGCCACACACUCACUGCAACCAGCCAGAUGUGCUUCUGUGACUGUUAGAACUGUGUGAUUGCUGGCAUGUACAGAACUGACUCCAAUGUUUGUAAUAAAUAUAAAAAACAAGUA